AUGACUUCAAGCAAAUAUACAACCAAGGUGCACGAACCCUGGACAGAAAUCGUUACAAAAAAACGAGCGAUUCGAGACGCGCAAAUUGACAAACACUCGAAGGCAGACACAAACUCUACAUUUGAUCGAAUCUCCUCCGAAACGGUCGAUGUUGAGGUUUUGACAAGCCUCCUAAGAGAUGGAAAAGUCUCAGCUGUUAAAGUGAUCCAUGCUUACAUCAGAAGGGAAGUCGAGAUCACAGUUACAAAAUUCUUUAUGCUAACCGUCUCUUUAGAGCCUGCGAAGCGCAGAAACAGGUACUCACUUCCUACCAAUUGCCUGACAGAAAUAUGCUUUGAUGAUGCUCUUGAGCAAGCUAGAAAGCUUGAUGGGUUUCAAGAAGAGCACGGUCAAUUAAUAGGUCCACUCCACGGUGUUCCAGUCACAGUAAAAGAUCAGUUUAACAUCACGGGUUUGGACUCGACGUUGGGCUACAUCGGAAAGGCAUUUGCACCAGCGGAGAACGAUGCACUACUCAUACAAACGUUAAAGAAACUUGGGGCUGUCAUAAUCGCAAAAACGAAUCUUCCCCAGAGUAUCAUGAGUGGUCGCUUAUCCUAUCGCGGCGUUGAGGUAACACUCGAGGGGCAACAGCACAUUCCAUCAGCUGUCGGGCCGAUGGCGAGGACUUUGAACUCUCUUAAGCUCGUGACUAAGCUCGCGAUUGAGGCUGAACCGUGGACGAUGGACCCCCAGCUACCGCCACUUCCCUGGAGGGAGAAUCUUUUCCAAAACUUUGUGACAAGACGACUUGUCAUUGGAUCAAUGCUAGAUGAUGGCAUGAUAAAGGUUCAUCCACCUGUCGAGCGGGUAUUCAGAAACCUGGUGGCAAAGCUGGAAGCUGCUGGCCACGAGGUGAUAGAGUGGGAUUCGAGCUUGAAUUCUAGCAUCAUAGAUAUCAUGGAUGGCUACUAUGCUGCCGACGGAGGUGAAGAUAUCCGAAGAGCUGUGGCAGCAGGCGGUGAACCAUUCAUUCCUCAAAUCGAAGCCUUCGUUAACCGCGGUAAACCAAUCUCCGCCUUUGAAUACUGGCAACUCAACAAGCGAAAGGUCGCUACUCAACAGGCUUAUCACGACAUGUGGGACAGCAAGCGAUCAACCUCUGGGCGCUCAGUCGACGUACUACUGGUUCCUACCAUGCCUCACACAGCGGUCCCCCACGGCUCAUGUCGCUGGACUGGUUACACCAAGAUCUUCAACUUCCUAGAUUACACUGCCUUGGCCUUCCCAGCCGGAAAUGCGUCUAAGGAUGGGGACGAUAGGUAUUUCUGGGAUCAUAUUCCUCGAAAUGAGACGGAUGCUUGGAAUCAACAAUUAUAUGAUCCCGUGGCGAUGGAUGGACGUUGCGUUGGGUUGCAGAUUAUCGGGCGGAGGUUUGAAGAAGAAAAGGUCUUGGGCGCAGCUCAGCAGAUUCACACAUUGUUAUAGAAGGAUAGAUACUAUGUCCAU